CAGGGGGCUGUCACCGCCACUGUCGCCGCCCCUCCGCACGCCCCGAGCUCGCGUCUGAGCCCUGGCGCCCCCUGGGCUGGAGAACAGCGAGGGCGCCACCCCGGUCCGCAGGGCGACCCUGCGCGCUGGCCGGCCGCUCAGAGGAUUCGGCCGCGGGGCCCGGGCGCUGCCGGAAGCAGGGGCGGGGUGCGCCCGCGCGGGAUGCUGUGAAGGGCGAGCGGGUCGGCAGCAAUGAGCGCCUCUGCGGCCACCGGGGUCUUCAUGCUGUCCCUCUCGGCCAUCCCGGUGACCUAUGUCUUCAACCACCUGGCGGCCCAGCAGCACUUCUGGACCAGCGUGGCGGUGGCGGCCCUCAUCCUGCUCCUGGUGGCCCUGUCGGUUCGGACCCUGGUCAGGAGGAAAGCGCCCCGGGACCCGCUGUUCUACGUGUACGCCGUGUUUGGCUUUACCAGCGUGGUGAACCUCAUCACAGGCCUGGAGCAGGACGGCGUCAUCGACGGCUUCAUGGCACACUACCUGAAAGAGGGCGAACCGUACCUGAACACGGCCCACGGGCACAUGCUCUGCUACUGGGACGGCUCCGUGCACUACCUCAUGUACCUGGUGAUGGUGGCGGCCAUCGCCUGGGAGGAGAGUUACAGAACCAUCGGCCUGUACUGGGUCGGAUCGAUCGUGACGAGCAUGGUGGUUUUCGUGCCGGGAAACAUCGUAGGGAAGUACGGGACACGCCUUUGCCCCGCCUUUUUCUUGAGCCUGCUGUAUACUUGCCUUCCCGUCUGGGCUGGUUUCAGAAUCUAUCAUCAGCCGUCAGAAAAUCACCACUACCCCGCCAAGGUCGUGCAAGAAGUGCAAGCGAAGGACCUGCUGAGAAGACCAUUUGACCUCGUGCUGGUUGUGUGUCUCCUCCUGGCAGCGGCAUUCAGCCUGUUCAGAGGCUUGAUCGCGCUGGACUGCCCGGCUGAGCUCUGCCGGCUGUACACGCAGUUUCAAGAGCCCUACCUGAAGGACCCUGCUGCUUACCCCAAAAUCCAGAUGCUGGUGCACCUGUUCUACUCCGUCCCAUACUUCGCGGCGGCGCUGUACGGCCUGGUGGUGCCGGGGUGCUCCUGGAUGGCCGACGUCACGCUGGUCCACGCUGGAGGCCUGGCCCAGGCUCAGUUUUCUCACAUCGGUGCUUCUCUUCACGCUAGAACUGCUUACGUCUACCGAGUCCCCGAAGAUGCGAAAAUCCUCUUUCUAGCCUUAAACGUGGCCUACGGCGCUCUCCCUCAGCUCCUGGCCUAUCGCUGCAUCCAGAAGCCAGAAUUCUUCGUCAGAACAAAGGCGGACGAAAAGGCCGAGUAAGAAUGCAAAGUCACGUCGCUCUUCUCUGGGUUACUGACUGAGGUCAUCGUCCGGGUACCGGCACCUCGUCCCAUUCCACCCGCUUCCCGGCCAGGACACCCGAGGACAGGUCAACUCUCCUCCUGCGCCGCGUGCGUGAGCUGUCAGUGGGGCUGCGUGGGCCAACGUGUCCUUUAAAAAAAUUUUUUUGGGGGGGAAGGAAACAGAUGAAGUCGUUGAGAGGCUGUUUAAAGAAAUGUAUUCAAAAUGAUCUGUGAAUGAACUGGACCACCGAUCUCGAUAUUCUGUUUGCAUGUACGAAGUGCAAGUGUGAAGACUGACACUUCGGCUCCUGCCACCGUGAGCACGGACGUGUGACCAGCCGAGAGGGGAUAUGCUUCCCCCGUGCGGCAAAAAUUCCAAAAGGCAAAUCGAGUGGAGAGAGAGUUUUACAUGUGAGAUGCACAUGCCCGCCCAUUAUAAAUGACAAGUUAUUAGACUGUUUUAAAAUGUUAUUUGAAAAACGUGUUCCUGAGGAAAGUAUAGUAUUUGCCGCUGUUUUAAGAACUGCUUUUCCUAAAACUUUUUGAGAGUAGAGAGCUAAGGAGGGAUCAGUAGCUUUCUCUUUGUCCUUCACGGAAUACUUGUUUUACUGGUGACUGGAGAUCUUUCUACUGUAUUUCUGUGUGUAUUUUUAAUAAAAUUGUUUGUCUUUUUAUGACAA